AAAGAACAGUCAAGAGGGGGUUACACACACAUGAGGGAAGCAGAGUAGGAAAAUACAGAAAGGAAAAAGAAGGACAAGAAAGAAGGGGGACACUACGGUGCUUAUUUUUUUAUUCGUUUUUAUUGCGGUGAAUAACAGCAGAAAUUAAACAAUCUUUCUCUUUUAGUGCACGGAUAAAUCUUUUGCAAACGGCUUCCAUCUUUAGUUGAAGGACAACAGCAGGCCACGAGGAGGACUCGCGAGUUUAAAGUGAUUUGAGCGUUUAUGGUUGGGUUACUUUUUAAAGCUAUCUGCAGUUCUGGAAGUGCUUAGCGACUCGAUACAUGUAUUUCUAGUGACAUAAAGCGCUGGCGAAACACACAAACAAAUAUAGAGGCAACUUUGUGUGAGUUACGUAAAAAUAUUAUCAAGUAGUUGCCAGAUGCCACUCAGUUUUGCGAGGAGACAACACUAGAUUUAGAAGUGACAUUUUAAAUCACGCUGCUAAGCACACGUGGGGGAAAAGACCCGAUAUCGAUUAUAUCAGCCGGUAAUUUACAGGAUAUCAGCGGACUAUGGCGGCGGUAACAAGCCCAGAAUCGAGCCAACCAGCUCGCGUAUACUUCCAAACCCCCACCGGUUCAACCGAAGAAGCGGAGACCCCGGUCCGAAAGCAAGGACGGGUCACAGUGAAAUAUGACCGGAAAGAACUGAGAAAGAGACUCAAUUUGGAAGAGUGGAUCAUUGACCAACUAACGGAUCUCUACGACUGUGAGGAGGAAGCUAUUCCAGAGCUAGAGAUUGAUGUGGAUGAACUGUUGGAUAUGGAGAAUGACGUAGAUCGGGCCGCUCGGGUCAAGGAGCUGGUGGUAGACUGUUAUAAGCCAACUGAAGAGUUUGUAGCUGAAUUGCUGGAUAAGAUACGUGGCAUGCAGAAGCUCAGUACUCCUCAGAAAAAGUGAAGCUUCCUCCUUCACCCCUCCUCAACCAAUCUUAUCCCUCCAUUCCCAAUUUUAGGGGCGUGACUAUUCGCUCAUGCAAUCCCAUGUCUCCUUUGCAUCAUCUGUGGAGGAGAUGGAGGAAGGGUUAUAGGAGAGUGUAGCCAAUCAGAUUCUUAUAAGCAGGGCUUAUUUUUUUCUUGUUUUGUUAACUUUAAUAUUAUUUUAUUCUAUUUUUUGUAAAGGGGGAAAGAUAUGAUUUUGAAGUGUUUUUAGACAUAUUUUCAUAUUGUUAUAUAUCUCUGUUUGUUUCUAUGCAUAGAAUGGUUUUGGCUUUUUGUUAGAAUUUUUCAGAACUCCUCGUGCUGUCUCAAAGGACACAUUGACGACAACUCUUGCUGUUGUUUGUGAAACUGUGAAGAUUCUUGAUAUAUAACAACGUCAGAGGAGAUUGGAAAGAAGCGGCCUUCUAGAUUUAUUUUCUUCUGUUUUUCAUCCUCCUGUUCCUUCUAUAAUUGUGCAGUUAAGGGCUUAAAGCAGGAGCAUUCAUGGAGAAUUUUAAUUACAGAAGAACUAUUAAAGAGAUUGUGUUAAGUGGAGGGAGUUACUUCAUUGUCAUGUUUUUUACAGAUGGAGGGAGCUAUGUGUAAAAAAAUAAAUAAAAAAAAUGGGGUUUGGA